AUGAAAUUUAUAAAAAACAUAAUAAGAUAUAGGAAAACAGUUUUUUCACAUUUUCAUAAAUCAUAUUUAUGUAAAAAGUUUUUAAAUUAUCUUGAUCCACAUAAUACAAAUUGGAGAUGCUUUUGUUUUUUAUUAAAAAAGGAUAUAGAUGAACAACAUGAAAAGAAAAAUAUAUGUGUAGUAUAUCAAAAUGAAAUAAAGGACAUUUAUAAGGAUAAUGAACUGAAGAAAAAUGUUAAAAUCAUAAAUAAUAAUAUAUGUGAAAUAAAUGAAAAGUUAUUAAAGGAAAAUUUAAAUCAAUAUAAUUUGUUCAAUGUUUAUCUUGAUAAAAUUAAAAAAAAAGAAAAAAAAAAAAAAAUAAUAAAUCUAAAUAGCGUAAAAUAUUUUGAUGAUUAUAUUUAUUUGUUCAACUUAGAAUCACUACUAGUGUAUACUUAUAAUAAAUUUAAAAUAUUUAAAAAAAAAAAGUCUAUGACUAACAAUGAUUUUUAUUAUUUUUUUAAAAUUUUUAUACAAUUUAAUGUUAUUUUAAAUGAUUUUUUUUAUUAUAAAAAUGAAAAAAAAUGCAACGAGUGUUUUAUAAGUACAUUCCAACCAUAUUUAAAGAAUGUUAGUCUUAUUAGGAAAAUAGAGAAAACUUUUGAUGAAAAUUUCUACUUAAAAAUUUUACAGAUAAUUAAAAUAUAUAAUCAAAUUAAUUUUUUUAAUAAAUUAAAAAAUACAAAUUUUCAAAUUUUACUAAAUCGAUUAAAUAUAUCAGAUAGACAAAAACAUUCAUUAAGAAUGAAAACCCCCCAAAAAGAAUUUUCUGAUAAAGAUGAAAACCAUUUAUUUUAUGAAUGUAUGAGUUACAAUGAAAAAGAUUAUAUUUAUAAUAAUGAUUUGGAUUUUAUAAAAAAUUUAAAAAUAUUUGAUAAAAUUUAUGAAAUUAAGAGUAUAGAAAAUUAUUUAUACUGCAAAGAUGAAGAUAGUAAAAAAAAUAAGAAUUCUUGUGUAAGUUUAGAUAAAAUUUAUUAUUAUAAUAACAAAAUAGAAAACCCUGAUUUUUCUAAUAAUAAAGUUAAUAAAAAUAAUGAGUUAAUUAAUGACAAAAUAGCAUGUGAAGAAGGAAUAGAUGAAAAUAUAAAUCAUUAUCUAAAUUUGGUUAAAGGAUUUAGUUAUUUAUUAAAAAAUUUUAUAAAAUAUUUAAAUGAUGACGGAAUGGCAAGGUUAUUUAUGAAUUGUUCUAAAAUGUUUGACAAAAAAGAUACUAAUGAAGUAUCUUUAUUUUAUAAAGAAAUGUAUGAAAAAAUUAAAAAAAUGAAAAACAUAACAAAUAAGAAUCUUGCAUAUAUUUUAAACGGAUGCAACUAUUAUUUAAAAGAAGAAAAUUUUUACUUAAUAAAACAUUUAAAAAAUGAUUUAUUAAAUAAUUUUCGUAGAAAUGAUAAAAAAAGUAAUUUCAAUAUAUAUAACAUUACACCAUCACAUUUAGAAAAUAUAGUAUUCACAUUUUCAAAGAAUAAUAUUAAAGAUGAAAAAUUAUUUUUAUUAUUUACAGAAAUUAUAAAAGAAAAAUAUGAAGGAUUUUCUUGCAUAAUUUCCAUUAAUAUUUUAAAUAGCUUUUCUCUUUUAAAUUAUGAAAUGUUAAUAUUUGAUUUUCUAUAUGAAAAAAUAAAAAGUUUUGACUUUAUAACUUUUAUGAUGUGUAAAGGUAACAAUAUUAUUAAAUUAAUAAAAACAUUAUUACAAAUUGAAUCUCGAAACUUCUUAAAAAAAGAAAAUUCCAAUAUAAUUCUCAAAAAAAGCAAGAUGCAUAAUAUAACAUUGAGUAACAAUAACAUAAAUGAGAAGUAUAUAGGAGAAAACACUAUUGAAAAAGACAAUCAAACAUUAACAGAAGAAUAUAUUUAUAUAAAUCUUAUUAUUGCUUUAUUAUAUGAACACAAAACAUUCAAAAGGAACAGCUUAAAUGAAAAUAUAAUUUUAGACAUUUAUAAAAAACUUCUUAGACUACAUAUAAUAAAAGUGAAAAAUAAAAAAGAUUUAAACAUUUUAAAAAAUAUAUUUAAAAAAAAUUAUAAAACAUUUUGUAUUAAAGAAUUUGACAAAUAUUUUGUAUUCUCAUUUAUUAGUUUAAAUUUUAAUAAAAUUAAUUUUCAUAAAUUAAUUUUUGCAUUACUAAAAUAUAAUAAUUUAAUAUGUGAAAAAAAAAGUACUAAUAAUUAUAAAGAAAAAAAAAAAAAAUUUAUAUAA